AUGAACAAUAUCACUUUAGCAAUUAUCGCAUCGAGUGUAUUUGGAAAAGAUUUUCAGUCCAUUAAUCAAUUAUUACGAAUUUUGGAAUAUCGAGCAAUGUGUAUGAUUAAUGAUAUAUUUUUCAUUGGUCGAUUACCAUUUUGGAGUAAAAAUAUCAUCAACAAAUGUCCGAAGGAUAUUUCUGAUCGUCGACAUAAAAAAUCGAUGAGUCUUUCAUCGAAUGAAGAUUUACUUGAUCUUCUUCUUUCAGAAAUUGAUAAUCAAGAAGUUAAAGAUCAAGCGUUGACAUUCGUUCUGGCAUAG